CUCUCUCUCUCUCUCUCUCUCUCUCUCUCUGUGUGUGUGUGUGUGUGUGUGUGUGUGUGUGGGUCCUCUAGACUUAUUUCUCUCGUCAUUACAGUGUUUCUUGCUGUAAACUGUGAUCAGUACAGAUUGAGAGGUUCAGAUCUUCGUGUGGUGUAGAAAAGUCCAGAAAGCAGAAAUGUCGGAAUGCAGUGUCUGUUCAGUGAGAAAGUGAAAUCUCGAUCAACACUUUUCUCUCUUUCUCUUCGUUCAUUAUGAAAUCCUCAGUAGUUAUUUUUCCAUAAUGUUUCUAACGGUAAGGCUUAAAUGUGAGCUUAACUGUUUUUAAAGUGGAUUAUCAUUUCUGAUGAGAAGGGAUCGUGCUUUUUCGAGUCAGAAGUGAAGUAUUCCACACGACAGUGUGUCUUGUACAUUAAUGUACAGUUUGGAUGUGUUUCAGGUGAACAUGGCGGUGCUGCACUUUAUUUAUGGUAAGAGAAAAUAUUACUACAAGUUUCACUGCUGUUCUCACCACAGUGUUGUAGGACACCUCUCACAAACCGCCGGGAGACUUUAUAAUCAUUAACCCGGGGACAAAAGAGCUUCAUCUGAGUGAAGAAACUGAGGAAACGUUCAAGUUCGUUCCCACACGUCAGGAUGCAGGAGAAGGAGUUGGAAUCUGGAGACGGCUAUUCUGCUCAUCGCAGUCAUUCUGUGUUUGUUAGUAAUACUGCAAAUGGACCUAGAGAACAAGAAAUCACAAAACGGGCAAAUCAAAACAACUGACAAACAAAAUUUAAAAUCUGAAGCUCAGAUUACAUCACCAGAUCUGUUCCUGAAUCCAGCCCACAAAUGUGAGCGAAACUCAUCUGCGUCCAACAUCACCGGGUUUUCCACUUUGCCCAGGCACAUCCAAGAUUUCCUGUUUUACAGUCACUGUCGGCAUUUCCCCAUGCUCCUCAAUGUUCCUGGUAAGUGCGGCGGUCCAGAGAACUCUGCUGACGUUUUCCUGCUUCUGGCCAUCAAAAGUUCUCCGUCCAACUAUGAGCGGCGGGAGGUUCUGCGAAAAACGUGGGCGUCUGAGAGACUUCAGAGUAACAUGUGGAUCCGCACCGUGUUCAUAUCCGGAACAGCAGGAGGCAGUUUCGACAAGGGAAGACUGAAUAAACUCCUGGAGCUGGAGAACCAACAGAACCAGGACAUUCUUCAAUGGGACUUUGAAGAUUCCUUUUUCAACCUCACACUGAAGCAGAUCUUAUUCCUGGAGUGGAUGGAGAGGUUUUGCCCUGAUGUGCACUUUCUCCUCAACGGAGAUGAUGACAUUUUCGCCAACACAGACAACAUGGUGCAUUAUCUCAAAGGGUUACAUGAUAAUGAUGGAAGCAAACACCUGUUUGUCGGCCACUUGAUCCAACACGUGGGGCCGAUCCGGGUACCGGCCAGUAAAUACUACAUCCCGGUCCAAAUCCAAGAAUCAGACAGGUAUCCUCCCUACUGCGGUGGAGGCGGCUUCCUGUUGUCACGUUUCACUUCCAGAGUCAUCUACAACAUGUCUCAUUCCAUCUCCCUGCUCCCCAUCGAUGAUGUUUACAUGGGAAUGUGCCUGGAAAAGGCUGGACUUAAACCCGUGUCUCAUAUGGGAGUGAGGACAGCAGGCCUGCACCUCCCCUCAAAAAAUCUGGACUCGUACAAUCCAUGCUACUACCGUGAGGUUCUCCUGGUCCACAGGUUCCUCCCCCACCAGAUUUUUAUUAUGUGGCAUGAAAUCCAUCGGAAAGAUUUGGUUUGUGGAAAGCUGAGCAUUUAGUGCACAGAGUGAGAUUUUAUGUGUCCUAGCAUGUUCUGAGAUCUGUGAGAGACUAUGAAAGGGAGGGCGUAGACAUCUUUCUGCUUCGGUUUAUCUUUAGAAAUAAAUUACACAUUGGUGAUGGGUCACUUCAGCUGCUGUAUAUUUUUUGGGAUAUUUUAACAAAAACAUAUGAGGUUUUUUUCCCAGAUAUGAGUAAUCUGUUAGAGGCAGCUAAAUAUUCUGAUGUACUGUGGUAUAAAGUGCAGAUAUGUGCAAUACAAUGCUGUGCAACAUCAGGUUGAGGUAGUUGCGGUGAAAAAUAACUAUUUAUAAACAGUAAAUAUUUAUUAAUGCUUGGAUGUGUAAAUAGUCCUUAGUGGUGUCCUGGUUGAGGGCUGAAUAGCCUGUGGGAAAAAGCUCCUCCUCAUUCGGGGAGCAGAAGCACUUCCCUGACCACAACAGAGAGAAGAGUCCAUUGUUCGAAAGGCUGAAGUCCUUCAGUAUCUUCCAGGUCUUGGCCAACACCGCUUGCUGUAGAUAGACUCCAGCUCAGGGAGCUCAGUGUAGAUGGUACACUCAGCUGAUCGCACCACCCUCUGGAGAGCCGUCUAUCCUGCUUGGAGCUGUUCCCAAACCAGAUUGUGAUGUGUCCUGUCAGGAUGCUCUUGAUGGUGCAGAUUUAAAAGUUCCUUAGCACAUUCGAGGGCAGUUAAAAGUCUCCCUGACAUGAGCGUGACAGGUCCUGCGUGAUGUGAAUGCCAAGGUGUCUCCACUGGGGUCCCGUUGAUCAUAAGGGGGAGGUAGCUCCUCUCCUGCUUCGUGCUUAAGUCCACUAUCAACUGGAGGAAGUUAUUCUCCUGGCACCAGUUCUCCAGACUUCUCCAAGUAGGCCUUCUCAUUGUUAUCAGAGAUCAGACCCAUCACUACAGAAUUGUCACCAAACUUAACAGUGGUGGUGUUCACACACUCUCACACACUCCAGAACACCCAGCGCUCCCACUGACUGUGGACAUUUGUAAGCCUUUCCCAGAAACUUUUCGAUUUGUCAUAUUACAAACUUGGUGUAAUGUUAAACACUUAAACCCAUUUCUACCUCUGUUUAUUGAUGAUCUUUUCAGGAAGACAUUAUUAUAAAAGUUCCAUUAAUGA